ACUUUCCCAGCGGAGGCUGGCUAGGCCGGGUGUUGGAGUGGCGGUGGGUCGGGACGCGCGAGGCCCCACCCCGGCUCCUUUACCGGUAUCUCGUGGGCGCUGAGCUGCCAUUGGGGCCCCUCACCAGUGCCGGCACCGCGCUGACCCCUCCCCUGGCAGCGGUUCAGAGCCGGGCGCUCCGGCGCGGAGUGAGCACAGGCUCCGGCGGGUUCGACGGCAACUACCUAAUGUUUUGCCCAAAAUGAAACCGGUGCGGUCGGCAGCCGCGCGUCUUCGAGCACGGCUACGCCCGCACCUGGAGCGCGCGUUCAGGGGGCGAGUUGUUUGCAGGGACACUAACCACCCCGCGCAGGGAAGCGCGGCUCUGCCCCUAGCGCGCGGUCCGGAGAGGGAAGCGCAGGGCAGGGCUGGGGACUUGGAUACUUAGCCUGGCCCCGGUGGCCAUGGCGGCGCCCGGGGACGCGAGGCGGUUCUGCAGGCUGGUGCAAGAAGGUCGGCUGUGCGCCCUGCGGGAGGAACUGCAGGGAGCGGGGCCCCCCAGCUGCCCCGGGCCGGCGGGAGACACCCUGCUGCACUGCGCCGCCCGCCACGGUCGUCGGGACAUCCUGGCCUAUCUGGCCGAGGCCUGGGACAUGGACAUCGAGGCUGCCAACCGAGACUACAAGCGGCCGCUACACGAAGCUGCCUCCAUGGGUCACCGGGACUGUGUGCGGUACCUGCUGGGCCGAGGAGCCGUGGUCGACUGCCUGAAGAAGGCUGACUGGACUCCUCUGAUGAUGGCUUGCACAAGGAAGAAUCUCGAGGUGAUCCAAGACCUUGUAGAACAUGGUGCAGAUCCGCUUCUGAAGAACAAAGAUGGUUGGAACAGUUUCCACAUUGCCAGCCGAGAAGGUGACCCUCCAAUCCUUCAGUACUUGCUCACCGUUUGCCCAGAUGCCUGGAAGACAGAGAGCAAAAUUAACAGAACUCCUCUGCAUACGGCAGCAAUGCAUGGCUGUUUAGAGGCAGUAAAGGUGCUUCUUCAGAGGUGUCAAUAUGAACCAGACUGCAGAGACAAGUGUGGCCUCACACCCUUUAUGGAUGCAAUUCAAUGUGGGCACAUCAACAUAGCCAGGCUGCUCCUCGAAAAACAUAAGGCUUGCAUUUGUGCUGAGGAUUCCCUGGGGGCCCAGGCAAUACACAGGGCAGCAGUCACUGGGCAAAAUGAAGCCAUCCGAUUCUUGGUCUCUGAACUUGGCAUUGAUGUAGAUGUGAAAGCAACAUCAACCCACCUUACAGCACUUCAUUAUGCAGCUAAGGAAGGACAUGUGAGUACAGUUCAGAUGCUCAUUUCCUUGGGUGCUGACAUCAACUCUAAAGAUGAAAGAAAUCGAUCAGAGUUUGUGGAAGAAAGGGGGGGAGAUAGAGAGAGAGAAAUCGAUUGGUUGUCUGCCCCGACCGACCCUGGCCUGGAUCAGGCCUGCAAUCAAGCCCUACACCUGGCCUGCGCGGGUCAGCACCUGGCCUGCAUCGAGUUUCUUCUGCGGUCUGGGCUGAGGGACUCCCCAGACAUCACGGGUACCCUGGCUCAGCAGCUCACACGGAACACAGACAUCCUUCAGUGCUUCAGCCACAGCAUGACGGCAUGAGGGUGUUUCUAAAAGGCAAUAAAACUCAUAGUAACUUA